AAAAGAAGUAGAAUCAUCUUAUAUGUUUAAUUUAAAAAUCAAUUAAUAUGUCAACUGAAGAUAAGAGAAAUUUAAUAGUUAAAUCUGGAAGCAUGAAUUUAUUAAAUGAAGGUCAAAUAAAGAACUUUAAUAGCAGAAAAAGAUCAAGAAACCCAGAAAUGUGGCUUAAGAGCAAGAGAAAGAAGGCAAUUCUCUCAGGCAAGUCCUACGUCAACACCAGAGGUGAGAUGGUCUUGUCCAAGAAAAUUGGUCCUGACUGCAACUGCAGGAACAAGUGCUUCCAACAAGUUGAUCAGGAGUCCAGAGAAACUAUCUUCACUGGAUACUAUAAUUUAAAAAGCUAUGAUGAACAGAACUCUUACCUUUACGGCUUGAUACGACGACAUAACAUCUUGAGGAAACGCCAUCCUGAUUCCAUGAAGAGAACCUGUUCUUACAAGUAUUAUGUUAGGAUCAGAGGUCGGGAAGUGCAGGUGUGCAAAAGAGCCUUUGCCAGCAUACACGGCAUCUCUGACAAAAAAAUCCGGACCCUGUGCCUGAAGCACGAGCAGAACGUCAUGUUUCCCCGCGACAACCGCGGCAAGCACUGCAACAGGCCGAAGAAAGUGACGGGUGACGUGGUACGCAAGGUUAAGCAGCACAUUGUGCAGUGUCUCUCUGGUUCAAUGGCCGCUGACUUCAUCAAGUCUGACAAGCACCAGGCGCCUGAUAUCAACGUCACGAAACUCCACCGCCAUUUUCUUUCUCAGCACGAACCUCAGGCUCCGCUUCCUGAUUCUGAUAAACUAGAUAAGGAUUACGACGCUAAAGUGAAACCGUGGGUGUACUUCAAAGUGUUUCAUGAGGAGUUCAAGUCUCUUGAUCUGCAGAGCGUCAAGCGUCGCCUCAGUGACGUGAGACGCUCCUUGGCUGGCCCAAGUCUCGUCUCUGUUCCAUCCUGUCAAGAUCGUUACGGCGUGUGCGAUACUACGGCCAUGCCUGUUGCUCCAAUUAUCAACGUGCCCACUGUCGGGCGUCCACUCACUGAGAUCUCAUGUGGGACCUAUAACGAAUGUGAUGUUAGUAGAACUAUUAUACCAGCAGAUAAUGCUCUAACAAGUCACCAGAACUCGAAUUAUCAGCAACAACCUUUAAACUUACAGGUGAUCUCCGCACCUAAUGGCUCGACAAUGCCGAGCUUAAACUCCACCUUGCACCCUGGCGUGUCGCUAGCGAUAUCUGGCAAUGGCCAGCCUUGUUACUUUAGUUUAAGCUCCAUUCCAGCCAACUAUGUCUCCUCGGCUGCACUGAACUCUCGGACUUCUCUCCCCUCUGCUAACAUCGUGUCUCCGCCAGCCGCCAGGAAACUCCUCACCAUUUCGCCCCCUACCACCACGUUCAUCACCACGACACUCGAGCAGCAGCACGGCUCUCCUGCGCUAAUCAACUCUGCUGGCCCAACUUCCUCUCCGCACAAUACAAUUCUCGGCGCCCCAUCAGCUUGCUUUUAUUCCUGCUGCCCUGUUGUGGCUCAAGUCGCGUGCAAUCCUAGCAACUAGUCUGUAUUUGUUAAAUAAAAUAUUUUGGGAACUUUGGUUACAGUGUCAUAUAUUCGCCUAUUCUCCAAACGAAUUUUUUUCUAAGGUCGCUAAAAGUGAAUUCAUUGAAUAUGUUGUAUUUAUUCUACAGUAUUUAUAGUUGCUCGUUUCGGAUAUCGAUUCCGGGGUGACCUAAUAUAUAACGUUGUUAAGA